AUUGAUCAACGUAUGUCGCGUGACUAACCGUGGGUCAUUCGCUCACGGCACGGCAAAACUAAGAAGUAGCAGCGACGAUACCAACAUUUCAAGUUCGUUUCAGUUAAUGCGAUGAGUCUUGGAAACGCCGCAGCAUCAAACCAAGGGGCAAAUGAUGGCGAGGAUGAGGUCGAUGCCAUCUUAAGGCACAGCGAAAAACGCUUUCAUGAGGCACACUUGGGGAUCCUCGAUGCUCUGCGGGAAUUGGUCAACCCAACGCGCAGAGCAGUAGAGGAGGAAGCCCUGUUCAAUGGAGAGCUACAGAGCAGCCGCUUUCUCUACGAAGGGAAUAAAGCUUGCAAGUUUGUGGGAAAGAUAUUCCUGCAGAACGGAAAUCAAGGAACGGGUACAUUGUUGUCCGAAAGGGUCCUGCUGACAGCUGCACACAUUUUCAACAAUUGUAAAGAGGGCGAGGUGUCGUUUGAACGAGUCGAUCCUGACCGAAGCUUCUAUCAGAUGUCAGAGGUGAAAUUUGCUCUGGAACCGGACACUUUUUUCCUGAAACAUCCAGAUAAAGGUCUCGACAUUGCAUUGAUUGCCGUGUCCGAGAGAUCGCUUGACGGUGAAACACCCAUCCGUGAAAUGGGUUUCUGCAAGAAGGUGUUGCCGUCGAUAGCACCAGGCACGCACGUGAAUAUCAUUCAGUAUCCCGAAAAUGGCAACCAAAUGGUGGUGCUGCGACAGAACCACGUCCUGCACUAUGAUGAAAGUUUCCUGAAGCUCUUUUCCAAGGACUUCGUCGAACACCACCGCUACGAGACACGGCGAUGUGCAGUGAAAAAGAACUCGUGGAAGUUGCCAUUUAAAAGGGCUCGAGAAAAUGUGGCUUCGUCGGAUACCAGUUCGCCAUUUCUGCAUUACAGAGCAGACACCAAGCACGGUUCCUCGGGCGCGCCAUGUUUUGACGACCAAUGGAAUCUUAUUGGUUUCCAUCACUGCGCACUCUUAGUGGAGCACAAGAAGAAACCAAAUAUGUUUACUUAUGAGGCUAACGAAGGUGUUAGAAUUAAUGUUGUAUUUGAAUGGGCUGAAAAGGUUGAACUUGAUGGCUUCGACUUGUAAACCCGUCACCGUGAAGGAUAUGGGAACUAUUUGGAGGAAAAUAAAUUAACUUAAUUGGACAACAGGUCUCAAAAUUCUAAAUUUAGAAUUGUGGUGAUGUCAAUUGAAAAUUAUCCCUAAUCAUAGAAAACAAAAUAACCACGCUUUUAUCUUUAAAGAUGACGUAAGAAAUAACCUGACGUCAUUCCAAUAGAAAUUUAUAGUUUACUUAUUAAAAAUAGAUAGACUAUACACUUCUAAGCUUUAUAUAUAUAUAUAUAUCUUAUUAACCAAGCGCGAGGGCCGUACUGGGAGAAUAUCGG